AUGAUUAUUCUCAAGCAUUGUUUUUUUCUAAUUUUUAUCUAUACUUAUAUAAAUCUUAUCUCUAGUGAAAAUUUUCCAUUUUUUAUUCAUGCUGAUCAAGUAUUUCUUAAAUGUUCGAAUGGUAAACUUGAAUCAUUGAAUAAUUCUACUAGUAUUCAUUCAACUUGUAUACAAAUAAAACAACAUGAACAAUAUAGUUUGUAUCAAUUUUUUAUUCAAUGUCCUGAUGGACGUUUAUAUCUUGAAUAUAAUCGUAUGUUGACUUUUUAUGAUCAAGUUUCUGAAUAUUCAAUUGCUAAUCUUGAACCAAAAUGUUUUCUCAAUCAUCAUAAUCAUUAUCUUAAGUACAAUCAAUCAACUCCUUAUCAAAUUCGUUAUACAUCUGACAAUGGUACAUUAACACAAAUAAUAUCAUUUCAAUGUUAUUAUAAUUUAAUAAUGAUGACAAAUGAAAAUUCGAAAUUAAAUGAAGAAUUUUAUUUAUUUUUUAAAUUAAUGAACUAUAGUCUUUGUCGAUAUUUAAUUCAAUUUAUAUCUUCAAAUGGAAAAUGUAAUCAAUAUUAUCAACAAAUAUAUAAAAUACAAGGUCAAAUAAAAAAUUCAAUAUGUUAUUAUCAAUUAGGAAC